AUGAAUGCUUUUUUCGAUGGAUAUGUUCAUUCGAAAACAUCUUUGAAACAAUUUGUUGAACAAUAUGAAAGAGCACUGCGGAACAAGGUUGAAAAGGAAUUUCAGGCUGACUUCAAGUCGUACGCGCAAAUGGUACCAUGUGUAACGAAUUUCGAUAUGGAAAAGCAAUUUCAAAAAGUUUACACCAUAUCAAAGUUCAGGGAGGUUCAGAAUGAGUUCAUUGGGAAGGUUUACUGUGACAUCGUUUCUGUUUCAGAGGGUUCUGAAUGCACGAUUUACGAGGUGUGGGAGGAUGUCCUUCUAUAUGGAGAGACUCGAACGAAAAGGACCUUUUUCGUGUCAUUUACAAGGGAGACCCGAGACAUUGUUUGUAGUUACCACCUGUUCGAGUUCCGAGGGAUACUUUGUAGACAUGCAGUCAUUGUUUUGAUCCGUAAUGAUGUCAAGUUAUUGUCGGAUAAGUUUAUAUUGCGACGAUGGAGGAGGGACAUUAGUAGAGCACACACGAGGGUGGAAGUGUACUAUGCUGGGUUGGUUUCUACUCCGGCACAGUUGAGGUACGAGGAUAUGUGUCGGGUGGAGGAGCUUAAGUCGAGUAGUGAUACUCAUCCCAUUCAUGUAGUCUCUCACGAAACUAAUUCUCAAAAGCAUUCGGGUGUCAACGUACUAGAUCCUAUAUCAUCGAAACGAAAGGGUGCAUCGAAGAAACUUCGACGAAAAGGGCCGCUGGAGUUAAUGUCAAAGAAAGCAAAGGCAACUUCGACAUCAGCAAAAGGCAGGAGACCGAAAGGUAGUCAUAGUACUGUGGAAGGAGCUGCACCAGAUGUUAACGCCUCUCAACAGUAUUCAUCACUGUCACCAUUCGCAUGUUCACAGUCCUUUUUGGAUCAAGGGUGGAUCAUAAAGGUAUAUGGGUUUAAUGUUAAUUCUUCGCGAGUAAAGGAAAAUGGAGAACUUGGCAUUCCUAUUAACUACGAUAACAUUAAAGAUGUUAUUUCUGAUAUGUUCUCAGUAGGAAUAGAUACAUCAUCAUCAAUAACUAAUUGGGCUAUGGUCUCUGAGGAUGCAUACAGCAAUUCCCCUUCUGCCAAGAGCUAG